AUGAUUACAAUCGUAACAGGAAGCCCUAGGAAAAGAAAGGAAAUAAGUUCAUACAUCAAGGACAGAAUAGAAUAUACCUUCAUUGCAAAGGAUCUAGAUGAAAUUCAAGGCACCUCAGAGGAAAUUAUAAGAAAUAAGGCAAAAGCAGCCCAUGAAAUAGUCCAGGGACCCGUUGUAGUAGAAGAUUAUUCAUUAUACAUACAGAAAUUAAGUGGUUUCCCAGGGCCAUACGUUAAAUCUGUCCUAAAAAACGGCGAAUUAGCAGAAAUUGUCAAUAAUUUAUCACAAUUAGGCGAAAUUACGUGCACAGCAGAGUGUUUCUAUGCGUAUAUUGAUAAAAACAAUGAAUUUCACUUGUUUUCCACCAAGGCCAACGGUAUUUUGAUACCUUCUGAAAAUAAAUUUAACCCGUUAUACGGGGUAGAUGAAUUUUUAAUCCAAAAUGGAACAACAGUUCCGUAUGCGCAACUGUCAGAUGCAGAAAAAGAUGAAAAUUCCAUCAGGAGAUUAACAAUUGAGAAGUUAAUUCAGCAUUUAAAUCAAAACCCGCUAUAA